UGCGGAAGAAAUUUCUGUCCUGCCAAGCGUCUAGCUCAGGUUGAGCAGAAUCUCUAAUUCUGUGGUCUUUGUUGAGAGCUAAUAAUACACAGAAGCAAAUUUCAAUUCUCAUCUCAUAUCUAUUUGUUUAACUCCAGAAUGGUAUGGGCGUGGCAACUUUGGCUCUCACCGCGGCCAUUACAUCGUACCAAGGUUACGUCUCAAACAAGCUUCACCACAGCUAAUAAUGCUGCCCAUUAUCAAUUCCUCACUGAAAAUGACGGUCUUUGGGGUGUCAGAGAGACACAUAACAUAGAAAAUCCGACUGUCGCAGCUGGAUUGUCUGGCCCUCCAUUACAUAUCCAUCUUCAGCAAGAUGAAUAUUUUCAGGUUGAGCAGGGAGUUCUAGGGGCAAUCACGGAUGGAAAAGAGCAUGCUAUCACCAAGGAUGAUGGUAUACUGAAGAUUCCAGCUGGCACCAGACAUCGAUUCUGGUGCCAUAAGUCGGCAACAGAGUCACUGGUAUUUCAUGGCUGGAUAGAUCCCCAAGACUUGGAUUACCAACUAGACAAAAACGCUCUGCGUAACAUUCAAGGUUAUUUCGCCGAUUGCGAAAGAUCGAAUCUAAAACCAUCAGUCUUUCAGCUCGUAUCGUUUGCGUACUAUUCGGGGACCGUCUUGACUCCGCCUUUUUGGGUUCCUACUUGGUUUCUCGUUUCUGUUCAUCACAUUGUUGCACGAUGGAUAGCCGAAGGAUUGCUCGGGUAUCAACCUUGGUAUCCUGAGUAUACCGUAAAAGCUGGAAGCGAAUGAAGAGUCUGAUAGGUUCAGAAAAGCGGCUGUAGAUAAUUUUUUCUGAAAAAAGCUUUGAGUUGAUGGAAUCGCGGGAGAAAAGAUGUUUAAAGCUUCAAGAUAUUUGUGUGACUUUUUCCAAGUAUUAUGCCAUUUAGUCAGCUGAGAAGCCGGCUAUGACGUUUUUAUGAAUUAAUCGCUCGACCCAGUCUGCACAACUAUGACCAGGA